GUGAUGGAGAACAGGACAGAGGUGACAGAGUUCAUCCUUUUAGGUCUGACCAAUGCCCCAGAACUGCAGACCCCACUCUUUAUCAUGUUCACUCUCAUUUACUUCAUCAACAUGGCUGGAAACAUGGGGAUGCUUGUGCUGAUUCUCUGGGACUCUCGACUGCACACUCCCAUGUACAUUUUUCUUGCCAACUUGUCUCUGGUGGACAUCUUUUACUCCUCUGCUGUUACCCCAACAGUUGUUGCUGGACUUCUUGUAGGAAACCAAGCCAUUUCCUAUACUGCUUGUGCUGCUCAAAUGUUCUUAUUUGUAGUCUUUGCUACAGCAGAAAAUUUUCUCUUGGCUGCAAUGGCCUAUGAUCGCUAUGCAGCAGUAUGCAAACCCCUGCAUUAUACUACUACCAUGACUCCAGCUACAUGUGCGUGUCUGACUAUGGCCUGCUAUGCUGGUGGUUUCCUGAAUUCUUCCAUACACACUGGGGACACAUUCAGACUCUAUUUUUGUAAGGCCAAUGUGGUCCAUCACUUUUUCUGUGAUGUUCCAGCUGUCAUGGUUCUCUCUUGCUCCGAUAGACACCUCAGUGAGAUGAUCCUUCUCUAUGGAGCAAGCUUUGUCAUCUGUUCUGCACUCCUUGUUAUUUUGAUAUCUUACAUAUUCAUCUUCAUCACCAUCUUCAAGAUGCGCUCGGCUGCAGGAUACCAGAAGGCUAUGUCCACCUGUGUGUCUCACUUCACUGCUGUCUCCAUUUUCUAUGGCACUCUUAUUUUCAUGUACUUACAACCCACCUCCAGCCACUCCAUGGACACCGACAAAAUUGUGUCUGUGUUCUACACCAUGGUCAUCCCCAUGCUGAACCCUGUGGUCUACAGCCUGAGGAACAAGGAGGUAAAGAGUGCAUUCAAGAAAGUUGCGGAGAGAGCACAAUAUUCCUUAGGAUUUUGA